AGUUUGUUAUGCCUCUAGGGACGACUAUCCGGUACAACAUUGCGCGAGCGCAUGAGCUCAAGGGUGAACGCGCCACAGCCGAGGCUAUGUAUAAACAACUCGUGAAGGACCAUCCGACGUAUAUAGAAUCGUACCUUCGACUGGGUUGCAUGCUACGUGACCAAGGCCGCAAAAACAAGGCAUCUGAUUGGUUCAAAGAAGCCCUCUCUGUCGACGUCAGCGAUUACCGCACGCGUUCCCUAUUAGGCAAUCUGCAUCUGAGCAAAGGCGAGAUAAUUCCCGCCCAAAAGAUGUUCGAGUCGAUAAAUAAGGACUCCAAAGAGAAGACCAAGCGGGAGGACAUGUACGCACAGGUAGCACUGGGCAGUCUGUUUCACCAGAGCGCCAGCACCGCCAAACGGAACGACCCCAAAGGAGCCCAAAAGCACGCCGACUACCUAAGGCGGGCACAGGACCUCUAUGCCAAAGCCCUGAAACUGGAUGGACGCAACAUGUACGCGGCCAACGGCAUCGGCUGUGUCUUGGCUGAGCGGGGGCAUGUCAAUGAAGCCCGCCAAAUCUUUGUUCAGGUGCGCGAAGCCACGGGAGAUAUGCCCUUUAUCUGGGACAAUCUGGCACACACCAACCUGCAACAGAAGCAAUACGUCAAUGCUAUCAAAAUGUUGAAGACAUGUCAGGCACGAUUCUUCGGAGGCCGCGAUGUGGACGUGUACAUCUCCAUUGCGCGCGCAUACUUUCUGUCCAAUGAUUUCGCCAUGGCUGCUAAGACACUCCGAAAGGCGCUUCAUAUAACCCCCACAGACAGCGAGACAGAGUACAACAUCGGAUUAUGCGAACAGAAAGUGGCAGUGGCUGUGCUGAAAGACACCAAAUCAGACACCACCCAACUGCUUAUGGCCAAGCGGUCGGCAAAGAUGGCUGAGAGGAUAUUCACGAUGCUGGCGCAGAGCAAUGACAAGCACACCAAGUACAGCAAAACACUGGCGAAAAUGUAUG